AUGGUUCCUGCUGAAAUUUCAUCUAGGCGUUCGAUUUAUACUGAAUUCUACCCCAUAAGCCCAGCUGAUGCUAACUCAUCAGAAUUCAAAUUAGCAACAUUUCAUUUCAAGGUUGAUCGUCAAUAUGUUCUAGCAACAACUCCGGAUUUUGAUUCAGGCGUUUCAACCAUUCUUGAUCAGACAACUGGUACGUCGACAGAGCGCUCAUUCAACAUUGAAUUUUCUUACCUGCUUAUCCCUCAAGUCAGCGAGUGUCAUAUCCAUACUAUGCUUACAGACCUAGAUAUCCCUCCAUCCUCCAUUGAUAGUCUGAAAGAAGAGAUAUCUACAUAUGCUUUUAGAAAGGCCUUGCGCGGCCGAAAGAAAAAUAGUAGUGGAUCCUUGGAUUUCUUCAUAUGUCUUGAUGUCAAUCUGAUAGGAUUUCGCAGAGAUAUCGAUGAAGAUUUUAACUUGGUUUCAGCUUCACAAUCUUGGAUUGAGGCUGUAGAGAUUGUGAGAUUUGAAGAAGAAGAAGAAGAAGAGAUCACUUGUAUGAUUUGCAUGGAAGAGUACGUGAGAGGAGUAGAAAUCGCACGGUUACCUUGUUCACAUAUCUUCCAUAGUGAAUGCAUCGCCAAGUGGUUGAAACACAAGAAUACGUGUCCGUUCUGUCGCUUUGCAAUGCCUACAUAA